UCGUGCGGAGGACUACAGAAAGGACGUGCAUUCAACGGUUUACAGAUGCCGGGCCUCGAACGCAGCCGGCACUAUACUAAGUAGGGAAGUUGUUGUAAAAGCCGUGGUGAACCAGCAUUACGACGUGGCUGUCUACCACACGCAUGUAUCGGCCGGUAACACAGCAGUAUUGGGCUGUGUGAUUCCCGCUUUUGUCAAGGAACAUGUCACCGUGACGUCGUGGUCCAGGGAUGAGUCUAUCUUACUGCCCGGCUCCAAUAUGGGAGGUAGAAUAGUCGUUACAUAUGGAACAGGCGAGCUCCAUAUACGCUCGGCCAGAGCUGAAGAUGGCUUAUCAAGAUAUUCCUGCCUAACGUUGCAUUCAUUGACGCAGGAAAGGAAACGUAGUGCACCAGCAAUGCUUACAGUAACAGAACCGACCAGAAGCAGCGCACCGAGAUUGGCACCGACAAUACAGACGAUCGUGACGGCCGAAGGCGAGUCCGACGUCCAUUUGACGUGUCCCGCCCAAGGGAACCCUCCGCCAACUUUUAAUUGGUUUCGCGAGAUCGGGGGGCACUUGCAGCCGGUCCAUUCGUCGGCGAGGUUCGAGCCCAGCCAGGACAUACUGCUGAUCAGGAGGGUGAAGACGAACGAUGCGGGCAGAUGGACGUGCAAGGUGUCCAACAAUUUGGGGGAGCAGCGGCUUGACAUUCAUUUAUCGGUGACCGCCCACUUAAAUGUGCAUGUACUACCCCAAUUGCAGGUCAUUAAUUCCGGAGAGAGUGCGGUGUUCAAUUGUUCGGUGUCCGGAAGUCCGGUGCAACGGAUCCAGUGGUACAGAAACGGCGAGCCGCUCACUAUUGACGAAAACGAAAAUGUGAAAUUACUAAGCCCCCUGGUUUUGGCCGUGAGGGAAAUAACUAGACACGAUCGUGGGAUGUAUCAAUGUGUCGUCCAAAAUGAUAGAGAGAGCGCCCAAGGCAGUGCCGAGCUACGCUUAGGAGAUACGGUUCCGGAACUGCAGUACACGUUUAUAGAACAGGCCAUGACACCUGGUCCUCAAGUUUCCCUAAGGUGUUCGGCUACCGGCUCGCCCCCGCCCCAGUUCCGCUGGCUGCUCGACGGCGAACUUUUAAACGACAUCAAAUUUGGUCACCGGUACGCCAUUAGUCAAUACGUAGAUAAAGCCGGCGAUGUAAUUAGUCACUUGAAUAUAUCGAAUUCGCGGGUGGAGGAUGGAGGUUUAUACAGUUGCAGAGCGUUAAAUUCCCUAGGAUCAACUGAACAUUCGGCCCGGCUCAAUAUAUACGGACCUCCAUUUAUCCGAUCCAUUGGACCAAUAAAAGCGGUUGCUUCGGCCGAUAUUACUCUCCACUGCCCAUAUUCAGGCUACCCCAUCAGCAGUGUUAAAUGGGAGAGACGUGGACAAGAAUUACCAAUUGAUCUAAGGCAUCGCCUGGAGGAGGGCGGAGCGCUGACCAUAUCGCGUCUCGAUCCGGCCACGGACUCGGGCAACUACACGUGCACGGUGACCAGCAGGGACGGCGAAUCGGCCAGGAGGAACAUAAGAAUUAUAAUUCAUAGUCCACCUGUUCUGGAGCCGUUCUCCUUUCCCACCAGUCUACAGGAGGGCGGACGGGCACAAGUGACAUGCUACGUAACAUCGGGGGAUCUUCCUAUACACUUUACAUGGUAUAAGGAUUCCGAACCCAUUUCCGCGUCGCUCCAGGUUGAAGAGCGUGCCGCGGAAUUCUACAGCAUGUUAAUAUUUAAAGAAGUAUCGUCAAGACACAGUGGAGCAUAUACUUGCGUUGCCAGCAACUCCGCCACUAAGACAAACUACACCGCCCAGCUUAUAGUGAAAGUCGCGCCGCACUGGAUUAAGGAACCUCAAGACAUUUCAUCACUACUAGGACAUCCUAUACUCAUUGACUGUUCGGCUAAGGGAUCUCCCGAACCGCAAAUUACUUGGCUCAAAGGACAAGGUAAAACGUCGACUGAUUAUCAGCCAGUCUUGAGUCUCCACAGUAGAACAACGUUAUUGGCAAAUGGGUCGCUGUGGUUGGAGGCAGUAAGCCCGCAGGACGAAGGACAUUAUUUGUGCAGGGCGACCAACGGAAUAGGAUCUGGUUUAGGAAAAGUGAUUUACGUCGGUGUGAAUGAGCCCGCAAGAUUCGACUUGCCCGGAAAGAAUGUGUCGACGAAGAGGGGCACAUCGGCCACCCUCGUCUGUCAAGUUUACGGGGACAACCCCAUCGAGGUGGUCUGGACCCUUAACGGGAACAGGGUUGAUAUGAACAAUUACAGAUAUACGGUGAGUAACACAAAAACGGAGAACGGCAUGAAAUCGGUGGUGACAAUCAGCCACACUGAUAGGGACGACUCUGGGGUUUAUAAAUGUCUUGCUGAAAACGCCUUUGGUCGCAGCGAACAUAUCAUUAAUCUUGCCGUUCAAGAAAGGCCUGAUCCUCCUAGUAUGUUAGAAGUUGUUGAAGUUUCUAGUCGAUCAGUUAAGCUGGCGUGGAGACGACCGUUCGACGGCAACAGUCCUGUAUUAGGAUACUUGGUCCAAUACCAGAUCCUUGGAAGCAAUCAGGCGGAUUGGGACGUAUCAACUGCAAUGAACUUCACAAUACCCACCAAUCCAGAUAUCAAUUCCGAGCACAGCGUAAUCAGAGAAGAAACUGCUAUUAGUGGUCUACAACCAGCCACUGUUUACGCGAUGAGGAUGCUGGCAGUAAACAAUAUCGAUCAAAGUCAUUUCACUGAAGCCAUUGUCGUGAGGACACAGGAGGAAGAGCCCUCUGAAGCACCCAAGGAUAUACGUGUCGAAGCUGUGGGACCUGGUGAGCUAUUUUUGACGUGGAUGGUGCCACCUAGGGAAAGCUGGAACGGGGAACUUCUCGGUUACAUAGUGUCUUGGAACGAGCAGCGUUUCACCAACAGCACCAAGAGUAUGACGGUUAAAGGCUGGGCCACCAAUAAGCUUCAGCUGACGGGUUUGAAGAAGUUCACCAGGUACGACAUAACGGUGCGAGCCUUCAACAGCGUCUCAACUGGUCCAUCAUCUGCCGUCAUCACCGGUACCACAAAGGAAGGGGUGCCGGAGGCGCCACCGCAAGACAUCACCUGCUCCGAGAUUUCCUCGCAGAUUAUGAAGAUCUCCUGGGCACCUCCGCCGACUGCUCGUCACGGUGGUCACAUACAAGGCUAUAAGAUUUACUACAGGCCCAUUUCUAACGAGAAUGAUAUUCCAACGACUGGUGAAGUGAAGAGGACUUCUAGUACCGAAACGUAUCUUCACGGGUUGUACAAGUUCACCAAUUACUCCAUCAAGGCUUUGGCUUAUACGGGGGCUGGUGAUGGUGUCAUGUCGGAUCCUCAAAUCUGCACCACUGAGCAAGACCUUCCAGGACCGCCAGCAAGUAUAAAGGCCGCAGCAUUGACAGGGGAAUCAAUUCUGGUGUCGUGGUUAUCACCAAACAAACCGAACGGCCGUAUAAGUCAUUAUACGGUUUAUUAUCGUGAAGCUGGACGUGUUGGAAAACACACCAACUACAAUGUUAGAGUCGAGGAUCUGCCUACGUAUGGACUCACUUACGAAGUCAGAAAUUUGGUCGAGCACCAGCUCUACGAAUUUUGGAUAUCGGCGACGACCAGUAUUGGUGAAGGCGAGCCUACGGCCAUAAUUGCCCAGUCGACGAACUCCAGGGCACCAUCCAGAAUCGCGUCCUUCAGCCAAAUACUGCACAGACCGGACAAGUCCAAGUUGAUCAUGCCUUGUUUCGCCGUGGGUAAUCCCACGCCCAGGACCAGAUGGAUUUAUAGGGACAGGCCCGUUACUUUCAGUCCUUAUUACGAAGUCACGCCUGAUGGAAAUUUGAAAAUAUUCAGCGUGGAACAAUCGUUGGCUGGGAAUUUCUCGUGUUCGGCGAAGAAUCUUUUUGGGGAGGACGAGAUCACUUACACGUUGGUGGUGCUGAUGCCACCUAGCACCCCGACGUUGGAUGUGCAGUUUACGACCGCCAGCAGCAUCAGGCUCCAUUGGAAUCAGCCAGAGGAUGGGGGUGCAAUUAUACAAGGUUACACGCUUAACAUAAAAUACGAUACCCAAGACUGGACAUCGAUCGAACUUUCUCCCGAACAAUUAUUAUAUACGUUGAACGACUUAAAAUGCGGCUCGAUCUACCACAUUUAUUUGUUGGCGCACAACAGAGUAGGAAACGGAAGUCCGAGCCCUAUUCGGUCGGUCAGCACGAAAGGCGGACCGCCCCAGAUACCCAAGGAGAAGGACUUCAUCACCACCAACUCCACCAGCCUCCAAUUAAACUUGUACAACUGGCCGGACGGAGGUUGUCCCAUUUCCCAAUUCUCUAUCCAAUACAGGAUGUACGGGGAGAAGAGCUGGAACUUGAUCGCCAAGAGUGUUUCCGAGGAGAGGAUCAUCGUUCAUGAUUUGAGCCCGUCCACUUGGUAUCAGCUGAAGAUCAGCGCACAGAACGAUGCCGGGACGGUCAGUGAGGUCUUCCAUUUCGCCACCACAUCCUUGAACGGAGAACGAAUUCCAAAGCCUCCACAGCUCAAUGCCGAAACCGAACCAUCAUUCAUUUUGAAGGAGUUGUACAUCGUGGGAGCCAGCAUUUUGGCCUUCAUAAUUUCGAUCGUCUUAUUCUGGAUAAUCUUGUACAAGAGAAAGAGGACUCCAGAAAGCGUUACCCAAGAACAGACCGAAGAAAUCGAUGACAAAACAGUGGAACGAGACAAUAGAAGAAAUUGCCAGCAAGUUUACACAUCCUCACCUGUUAAGUCGUCAGAAAAAAUGUCGGACGAAGCAUCAGGCAUGUACGAAAUAAGCCCUUAUGCUACGUUUAGCGUACCUGCGAGUAAUAGUCGUUCUGUUACUACUUCGACUUUAGAUUAUACAAUGCAAUUCAAGACAUUCGGACACAUCGAAGACGAGCAACACAACGGAAUUUAUCCGAAGACUUCCGGAAAGCACAGCUGGUCUAAACAUAGAUAUUACAAUGAUGCCACGACUCAAAUGAAGACCCGCACAAGGCCGUGCCGGCUGCCGCCCAGCCGCGGCGACUCCGAAUCGGACGACACCAGCGGAAGUCCUUGCGCCGACUGCCCCAGCAGCUCCAACUACCGCGUGCCGGUCAAGCCAUCGAGAGAUCUGUUUCGGCCUGACUCUAGCACCGAAUCGAACGACGUGUCACCAAUGACCGAGAGGAGGCACACGCCUAAGCACGUGGCCUCCUCCAACCGGCACCACCGCACCACCACAACCAGCAGUUCCGAAGAGGAUCAAGUGAUUGAACCAGCUGAAGGGAUGAGGUUACAGCCACCGAGUGGAUUUACAGACACGUGGGAACUAAGCGAGGCCGAGUGUGACAGAGAUCUAAGGCUGGCGGCGAACAAUAAGCUGCCGCUGCCGGCCGAGUUAGCUUCGUUGUUGGCGAGAUAUCAGGAGCGGAAAGAGCAGGAACGAAAGGAAUUCACCAUCCACGUCUAGGUGGUGCCUCCGAAAGCCAAUGCAUGAGGAUUCCACGUGCGAAUAAUAUACGAAUUAUUGAAUGUUUACAGUUCCGCCGAGGCGGUACCGCCAAUGACAAUCACUGUGUUAAUCGAAGUUCUUGUUGUUACAAUGAAAGGAGACGUGGAAUAGUUCACCCGAAACGGGACGGAAUCGAUUUAUCGGCUUGGGCACCGGACAGUACUGCAUACCAGUCACCAAUUACAUGUUAUAUAACUGAAGUAUUGGAUAUGUAUCACUCACUUGGCUAACGACCAGGAUUUAAUUAGUUGUUUCAGAACUUUUUAUAAAUGUAUAUAUUUUCUAUACAAGUUUUCGGAAUUUGUAGAUUUUUUAUCUGCACAAAAAAAAAAUGUAUAAGGUUGUUACUGAAAAUUUUCAACACACAAAAAAAAAGACUUAAUUGUUAGUCGUCAGUGGGGACGCCCAUCUAAUUGUAGCUUUCGAUGUGUCAUAUUAAAAACCCCGACGAUUCGACGACAUUUCGUGUCCUUCGGAGCUAAAUGUGAUUUAAUGAAAAAAUAUUGCUGUUUAUCUUACUGUUAUUUUAGUUAUAACUAGAAAAUAAGUACAGAUGUUAUACACACUACAGGAAAUAACUUUAUUUAUUGUCGCACUAUGUAUAUAGAUUUUCUAGAUUUUAAUUCAAUAGAUCAAUAUUUAUGUACAUACAUGGAAAUAUAAUAAUGAUAAUAUGUAUAAUGAACUGUGUUUAUUUUUAGACAGAACUGAACUUAUAGGACGCACCCAACACCAAUGUCUGGUGCAUUCUGUAAUAAGGCUAAAGUACUAUUUUAUCCGGUUAUAAAAGUAAGAAUUGAUGAUUUAAAUGUUCGCGGUGGA